UUUCACGUAUCAUCUUAAAUUUUGUAUAGCUAUAUUUAUAUAUGAGAAAAGUUGUCUUUUCACACCUCAUCCACUCGAGACAUAACGAAAGAAUUGCAAAAACAAUGAAUUAUGAUGCACUGCUUUUUUUAUUUACAAUUUCUUUUUUCUUUUGGUAGAGGUCAAGUCGAACAAAAGUAGAUAUUUUGAUGGAAACAAUAAGAAAGCGAAUCGCAACGUGGAAUCUACAAGGUUAAAAUGGUCAAAUUAGAUAAACUAUCUAUCCAUGGCUUUUUGAUAAGGAAAAACAACAGGCCAUUCCUUUCUCUCCAUGCAAUCUGCAUCUACGCUUCUCUUCUACUGUCUCGAGCUUUGAGUGUAUAAGUUAGCCAAAGGCCAAAGCUUAAACAAAUAGAUAGAAAAAUGGCGUGUCAUCAUCUAUGCUCCUCAACUUCUUCUCUUGCCUGUGACCUCCACUCUCUCUCUGCUUCACCCAAACCAAGACCUAUAAGAAGUUCCGCUCCUUCUCUAAAGCUGCUUUCCUUCUCCUCACUAUCUAAAACCUCUAUCCAAGUAACUCAUGUCUCCUUGAAAGACCCCUUGACCAAAGAAACCGAAAAGCCUCCAAAACUCUCCUUUUCGCAGUACCCAGAUGGCAAAACCAAUACCCAUGCGUGGGUCAAUCCCAGAAGCCCCAGAGCUUCACGCCUCAGGCAAUUGUCUUAUGAUUCCAGGUACUCUUCUCUGCUCCAAGUAGCUGAGUCUUUGGAUUCUUGCAAUCCAAAUGAACAAGAUGUUUUAACUGUUUUGACUAGUUUACGUUACGAUGUUUCGGAACGAGAUGCUGUUGUUGUUCUCAAUAACAUGUCAAACCCUCAUACCGCAUUGCUUGCUCUUAAUCAUUUUCAAAGGACACUAAGGAAACCAAGUCGAGAGGUCAUUCUUUAUAAUGUCACCAUCAAGGUUUUUAGAAAGUCUAAGGAUUUGAAUGGAGCUGAGAAACUGUUUGAUGAAAUGCUUCAAAGAGGGGUUAAGCCCGACAACGUUACCUUUUCAACGUUGAUUAGUUGUUCUAGGGUCUGUGCUUUGCCCGGUAAGGCUGUUGAGUGGUUUGAGAAAAUGCCUACAUAUGGGUGUGAUCCACAUGAUGUCACUUACUCUGCCAUGAUCGAUGCCUAUGGCCGGGCUGCAAAUGUUGAUAUGGCCUUCACCCUGUAUGACCGUGCUAGAACAGAAAAAUGGCGUAUUGAUCCUGUUACCUUUUCAACUUUGAUUAAAAUAUAUUGGAUAUCUGGAAAUUAUGAUGGCUGUUUAAAUGUUUACGAGGAAAUGAAGGCCUUAGGUGCUAAACCUAAUGUAGUUAUAUAUAAUACUUUGUUGGAUGCCAUGGGGAGAGCCAAGAGGCCUUGGCAGGCCAAGACUAUUUAAGAGCUGAUAACCAAUGGAUUUUCACCAAAUCGGGCAACCUAUGCUUCACUCUUAUGAGCUUAUGCGAGAGCUCGAUAUGGUGAGGAUGCUCUUAAUGUAUAUAAAGAAAUGAAAGAUAAGGGAUUGGAGUUGACUGUUAUUCUGUACAAUACCCUUUUGGCCGUGUGUGCUGAUGUUGGCUAUGUAGAUGAAGCUGUUGAAAUUUUUGAAGACAUGAAAAAUUCUGGGACUUGCAAGCCUGACAGUUGGACAUUUUCAUCUUUGAUUACCAUAUAUUCUUGCAGUGGGCAAGUGUCGGAGGCUGAGAGGAUUGUAAACAAGAUGUUGGAAGCAGGUUUUGAACCCAACAUUUUUGUUUUGACGUCGCUUAUUCAGUGCUAUGGAAAAGCCCAGCGUGCUGAUGAUGUUGUGAGGACAUUUAAUGAAGUUUUGGAAUUGGGGGUAACUCCAGAUGAUCGGUUUUGUGGUUGUCUUCUGAAUGUGAUGACGCAGACACAUAGAGUAGAACUUGUUAAGCUCAUGGAUUGCAUUGAGAAGGCUAAUCCAAAACUAGGUCAUGUGGUAAAACUUUUUAUAGAGGAGCAAAAUGGUGAAGGGAAUUUUAAGAAUAAAGCAUCUGAACUUCUUGAUUAUAUUGGUUCUGAUGUAAAAAAGGCUUACUGUAAUUGUUUAAUUGAUCUUUGUGUUAACUUAGAUCUCUUGGAAAGAGCUUGUGAGCUGCUAGAGCUGGGGCUUUCCCUUGACAUUUAUGCUGACAUACAAUCUAGGUCUCCAACUCAGUGGUCCUUGAAUCUUAAGAGUCUAUCUCUUGGUGCAGCUCUGACUGCAUUGCAUGUUUGGAUUAAUGAUUUGACAAAAGUACUGGAGUCUGCGGAGGAGCUUCCUCCAUUGCUUGGAAUCAAUACCGGACAUGGGAAGCAUAAAUAUUCGGAGAAAGGUUUGGCAACUGUCUUUGAGUCACAUUUGAAGGAACUAAAUGCUCCAUUCCAUGAAGCCCCAGACAAGGUUGGCUGGUUUUUGACGACAAAGGCUGCAGCCAAGUCAUGGUUGGAGUCAAGACGUUCACCUGACUUAGCGGUUGGUUAGGUAAUGAGCUCAUAAAGAA